GUGGCUACGCCUGUUGAAUUAGAAAUAAUGGAUAUCAUGAUCUGCAAGCAGAUAGAGUUCUUUUCAUUUACCUUUCAGUUUUCAAUACAAUACAAUACCAUACAAUACAAUUUACCUUUCAGUUGUAGCACUUCCGUAUUGUUAUUGAUUGAUUUUGAUGAUGUUCAUGUUUGUAAAAUAUUUUUUUCGCCUUCACCAGGUGUUCUUUCAGUCAACGACCUUUGCAGGUAGGUUCUUGCAGCUGCUGUUCGAAAACAGAUUUUCUUUUUCGAAAAUUUACCUAGCGGCGUAGCUACUUGUUUCUGUUUGGUUACAUCUUCCCCACUUCUACUUACCAUUGUGGUGCAGGUUUUUCUAUAGAUAUGUUUCCUAGUUGUCUAGUUCAGUAUACGAAGGUUUGCGCGUUUAGUACAUCACUUGUCUCGCUAGUCGCGCCGUCGUUUGUAUCAUUCGUUUUUUCUUCCCGAUUAGUUUUCCUCUCUCAUUGUUGCGAACCUCUACAACGCCUCAUUAGCAGUCUGCAC